GCUGAAGUGUCAUCGAGUAAGCAGUUAGCGAUUGGAACUGACUAAAGCAAGUCGGAAACUAACUCUUUGUGAAUCGAUAUCAGCGCGUGAUUAAUGGACAACGAACGCCUUUUGGUUGACUUGGAAUAGGAACCUCUUUUACGCCUCUACAGCACCUGCGCAUUUACUUAACCUGCUUUUGAAUCGAGAAGGAAAAUAUCUGUUAUAGAAAGACUCGUCAUGUAAUGGUGGGACGUCUCCCGAUGAUUUAAAUCAUUUUACAUUCCAGUUUAAUGAGAAAAUGGGACAUGUAAACGUUACACAUUCACACGAGAGCAAUGACGGUUUACUGAAACUCGGAAUUUCACCUUAAAUAAAGCUUGUAGCAACAGUGAAACGGACAUGGGCACGACAUUGAGUGAACCUUGCAUCUAUGACAAGCUGUCGGAAAGCAUUGAUAUACUUCGCCAGUCUGGAUACCGAUAUGGCAUGUCGGAGAGAGAGAUUGAGAAAUUCAUUAAACAAGUUUUGGAGACCAACGAGCCUCGGAGAGACCCCCCACAAUUCCCUAUCCUUCGGGCUACCAUUAAACUUAUAGUUGCUGUUGGCUUCUUGCUGAUUGCGGUGCUAGCCUUCACUUAUCCUCAGAGUCCUUCCCACUUGGAAUCUUUGAGCACAGGGGGCCACAACUGGUCUUCCCCCCUUAGUCAUGUAAGACUGCUUUCCCUACCCAUUGCCAAGAAGUACAACCUCCAAGGAUUUCAUGAAUGGUGGAGUGCUGGAGCCCUGAGACAGGCUCUUGUCAACUGCUCCGGCUGCGCAGGCGUCACGUCUGUUCUCGAGCUCUCUGAGUCCCUAAGUGAGUCAGCACACCUACGCAGGGGACCACAGCCCAUUUUGGUCAAGGGUGGUGAGUCAUUAUCUCUGCAGUUACUGCAGUUGGAACAGCUCUACUCAGCCCAUUCCAACAAAAUAAGCAUUUUAUUAGAGGAGGAAAACAGCCUCGUCUCCCAUGAAGACACUUUCCCACAGGCGCCCGCUAACUUCACCCUCCUGUGGAGAUUUUCCUCGGAUGCCAGGGAAACUGUGCUGAAGUGGCUAUUCCCCAAAGCAGAGUUGUGUCCCCUGCUGGACAGUCCAGGAACUACUGUUCAGCGUUGCCAGGUGACCCAUAGUACCAGCUCUCAAAGCAGGGGUGUGAGAGUGCUCGGCUGGUUGGUUAUAGGGGAAGGGUUACCCACGGUUCGAGUCCUCCCAGUUCACCGCUGUCAAAAACAGUGCAGUUCCUUCAAUCUGUGGCUGGAGCCUGGAGAUAUGGUGUAUGCUGACCCUUGGUACUGGCAGAUGGAGCUGUUCCCAGGCAAAGGGCAGAACAUAGUUUGUGACGGAUCUGUUUUCUGAGAGGAAUGGGAUCCUCUAAACACCCACUAAAAUGAACUCUUGAGUCUUAAAAAAGGAGGAAAAAAAAGUCUUAUGCCCUACUUAAAAAUUGACUCCUGGAUCUACAGUGGAUAGAUGGGUUUAGGAUAAUGUCCAUUUGGUGUUCUGUUCCCCCCAGCCCCUCCCCUUGGAUUCCGUUUAAGCAGACCGGCCUCAAUUGCUGAGUGUCUGUCUAAUUUCAGAUUUUUCUGGCAUUUUUGAAGGACAAGCUGUCAAGCCAACCGUACAGAAAGACUUUGAUUUGACUCUGUUAGUUAAGAUAUGACAAGAAAUUUUUAAAAGAGAACUGUAAAAUCUUGGACGAACCCAAAUGUCUGCUUGCCACAAACUCACUUUGAAAUUGAGAAUCCUAAUAUUUAGAUUUUUGGGGAAAUGAAGAUGUUAAAUUAACCUGCUGUUUAAUUGUUAUAAUUGUUAUAUAAAUGGGAGCAUUAUAAAUUAAAUUAGACUUUAAGAGAUGUUUAUACGUAAGGUAUGUUUUUUUUUUUUUGUUUUUGUUUUUUGCCAGUUACAUUUACCAAAUGUAAAGCCUGAAUGUUCGCUUGAUUAUGUAAAGUUGAGAAUGUCAUUGAGUGCCAAUGUAUAACGCGUGACUGCACAUGGCCUCUGUGUAGAGAAUGACUUUAACUUAUGUUGAACUAAUGACUUUACUCAUGUUACCUUUAAUGUCAUAUUUUACCGUGCCAGAGCUGUGACUUUAUCUUAUCAUAGCUCAAACUGCCAUAAUACAUGUUCAGCUUCAUCCACAUGGACUUUGUUUGUUUGCUGGGUUUUUUGUUUUGUUUUUUUUCUGCCUCCUGAAAAAAUUGCCUAAGAAAGCACUUUAAAUGGUUGGCAUCUACUGUUGAUGUCAGCAGACUGUAUUUUUGAUUUUCGCCUCCUGGAACUCGAAUUCUGUCAAGGGCACCAUUCCCACCUGUUGUCACUUUCUACAUAUUUCUAUUGCUACAGUUUGGUCUUAAACUCAGAACAGUGAAACAAUUAGUGGAACAUUGUUAUCUUUUCACCUCAGCUGUAAAUUAUGUUUUGGGUUUUUUUUGGGGGUGGGGGGGUGGGGCUUAAUAUUCUGCCCUAAAUGUUUGUCCCUAGUUUUACGUGAUCAGAUUCAAAGGAACUUGAGGUCAGUUCCGCUUUCCGUUUUGCUUUCUCGCUUAAUCUGUGAUCAUUGUCUGAUCUGAUGUCAGAUUCUAUAUUUGGCUCAAUAUUUAAAGUUGAAAGAUUUCUAUGUGAUUAUGAAGUUUACUCUGAUUUCUUCAUCAGUAGAAGGAUGUAUUUACUGUAAAAUGCUGAAUGAUGCUGGCAAGCUAUUAAACUUCAUGUUGAUUUUUUUUUUUUUUUUAUUUGAUUUGAAUAUUUACCUUGAAAUGAAAGCUGCUGUUCAAUUUUUGUAAUCUCCCAGUUUUUGUUUUAAGUUGUCAUGGAUGUAGCUUUCUCUGCCACUUUUAUGAAAAAUACUAAAUAUCAAUACAAGUUGAAA